AUGGCGGUGCGGGCCACAGUGUCGCGUUUCCCUAUGGACGCGGACGCUCGCGAGGGCUCCGGCCUCCUCUGGGGAGUCACCGUCACUCCCUUCGCCGCCGUCGACGAGAACCACCGCGCUCCAUCGUACAGCUCCGGAGGAGACCUCUUACCGCGCUGCGAGAACUGCUGGGCUUAUUUCAACACCUACUGCGAGCUCGAGCAGUGGUCCUGGUCCUGCUCCCUCUGCGGCAACCUCAACGGCCUCUCCUCCGAUGCCAUCGAACGGUAUUCUCGCCCUCAGUCCUGCGCCGAGAUGAUGUCCUCUUUCGUAGAUCUCGAAUUGCCUUCGCAGGAAUCGGCGGAGGAAGCGGCAAUGCUGGCGUGUCCGGUUUAUGUUGCUGCUGUUGACUUGUCAUGUAAGACCGGAGAGUGA